UCAAUAUGGCCACAACAAAAACAUACUAUUUUAUGGACAGAGGAAAACGCCGAUCAUCUCUUUUUCAAAUCGCCUGUGAUCUUUCACAGUAGGCCCACGGGUUUAUACGGUUGUGAGGAAAAUGUCACGGCACAGAAAUAUUCGGAAUUAUGCUUAUGAAGAAGAUAUGUACGAAGAUGUUUACGGUCAUUCUGUUGAAGAACAUGAUCUGUGUGUCUCGCCAACUACAGCCCAACAAUUCAUGUAUCGUCGUGGUGAGACGCAACAUCGAAACUUGUCUUCCUUCAUGGAGGAACCAGCAGAUUAUGAAGACAACAAGUACCACUUUGACCAGAGCGAACAUCUUGGAGCUGUGAAGGAUUAUGAAAUCCCAAAACUGAGUAGGGAGGAUGAAGCAAAACUGCUUUCCUGUAUGGAUGAAUUUCGAUCGAUUCUUGGUGACCAUUGUGACGAACAAGAGGCAAAGGCUGCCAUUUUGAAACAUAACUUUGAUUUGGAGAGAGCCCUUGAUGAAGUCUUAGAUCAAGGUGGAAAUCAGGAUUUGAAGAGCCAUAAUGUUCCUCGAAAGGAGAAAGAUUCAAGGCGUUGUAAUACUCCCAAGAAAGACGAAGCUGCUACCGCAGACAAUCAGCCGGCUCAAGCCAAUUUUUCCUCACCUGUACUGGAGCGUAGUACCAAGUCCAACCCAACCUCGCCGAACCGCAGCUCGCCCCAGCUUGUUAAUGGGAAUGCGAAGCUGGCUUCUCCGGACAGCCCUUCGUCUAGUAAGUCGAAAAAUGCCUCGAAAGACAAAGUUUCAGCAAAAGAAAUUAACAAAGUUAGACAAGGAAAGACUCUGCUCAAUUUAGUUGUAAUUGGUCACGUGGACGCGGGCAAAAGCACCCUCAUGGGCCACCUGCUCUAUUUACUAGGAGAUGUGUCAAAGAAAACAAUGCAUAAAUAUGAACAAGAUGCGAAGAAAGCUGGUAAGGCUUCAUUUGCAUAUGCCUGGGUUUUAGACGAGACUGGCGAGGAGAGAGAACGAGGGAUAACAAUGGACGUUGGGGUGACUCGUAUUGAAACAGACUCGAAGAUCAUCACGUUAAUGGAUGCUCCGGGUCAUAAAGACUUCAUUCCUAAUAUGAUUUCCGGUGCAGCUCAGGCCGAUGUCGCUAUUUUGGUAGUUGCCUCUUCAACUGGUGAAUUUGAGGCUGGUUUUGAAGCUGGUGGACAGACGAGAGAGCACGCCAUUCUUAUUCGCUCACUUGGUGUAACACAACUCCUCGUAGCGGUCAACAAACUCGACACAGUAGGAUGGUCUAAAGAACGGUAUGAUAACAUUAUUAUGAAGUUGAAGAAAUUUUUAAAACAAGUUGGAUUUAAGGAAAGCGACGUGAACUUCGUGCCAUGCAGCGGUCUCACUGGGGAGAAUCUGACCAAACAUGCCGAAGAAACGUUGUUGAAGAAUUGGUAUAGUGGACCAAACAUGAUUGAACGAAUAGAUGCUUUUAAAGCUCCUGAAAGACCAGUCGAAAAGCCUUUUAGACUUUGUAUCUCGGAUGUUUUUAAAGGGACUGGUUCGGGAGUGAAUGUAAUGGGACGGGCAGAGGGUGGCCAGGUCAAAAACGGUCAAAAAAUUUUAGUCAUGCCAGCCGCUGUUCAAGGGCAAGCCAAGAGCAUCUCAGUUCACGGCGAGCCGGCGGACUGGGCCCAAGCCGGUGAUCACGUGACCCUGAGCGUACAUGGCGUUGACAUGGUGAAUAUCACGGUGGGCAGUAUUUUGUGUGACCCAGCGUUUCCCAUUCAAGCCGUGACAAGACUUAGAGCGAGGGUUAUGGUUUUUGAUAUCGAAGUUCCUUUAACGAAAGGAUUUCCGGUUGUGUUUCAUUUUCAAACGAUAAACGAGCCUGCAGUCAUCAAGCGGCUGCUCAGCAUUCUCCACAAAAAUACUGGUGACGUUAUUCAGAAGAGACCCAGGUGCCUGACAAAAAAUUCUACGGCAAACAUCGAGUUAGAACUGUCGAGAACAAUGUGUUUAGAGUUAUACCAGGAUUGCAAAGAUCUGGGUAGAUUUAUGUUACGCUACGGCGGAAAGACGAUUGCGGCCGGGAUAGUCACUGAGAUUCGAUCCUGAUGGAAUUUGAAUGUGAAAAUAAUGACCUCCAUAACAGGCGCUGUGCUUUCGAAAGAAAACACGAUUUGAUGUGGCCAUUUGUCAAUGACUUAUGGCUUUUGAGUGGUUUUAUGGAUGGUUAAAUAGUACACAGUAUAACAAGGAGGAAUUUCG